CACCUACUGCCGGAUGACGGCUCCAAAUAUUGCCCACACUGUGGAUACGCUAGUCAACCCGACGACAUCGCAUGUCUGCAGCAACAGCAGCAAGAUUCUGCCAUCUUGGCAAUCUCCCCUUGUUACCUACUCGCUACCGCCCGUCGCCUCACCCUGCUUGCCUUCCACACACUGGAGGAUGCACGUCAACUCAGUUGUCGACCUGCCUCCUCCUGCGCCUGGCCGGCGCCAGUCUCCUCGGAGGUGACUGCAGAUCGUGGUUUCAUGUUGGACAACCUGUUUACCCUCUGUCCGCCGGGGCACCGUCUUCUACUGUACCAAGUGGAUGGUGCACUGCAUGGACCAGGCUAUUCAGAGCACGUCUGUAGAUCGUCUUGUACUUUCGCCUCAUCAACUGAAUGUUGCCUCUCAGCUUGGCUGGACUGCCUAGAGACAGUUCUACAUCGCUGUCUCAAAUACCUCCUGCCUCUUUUACGAUGCAAAUCCCCGCCAACUCACCCUCAACAGAGGGACCCGGUUGCAGACAGCCUGGCCUCUUCCAAAGAGUUCAACUCCCAGGUUCCGCUCGCCUCCUUGCCAACAUUCUGGCCCGUCAGUCUGAACCUCUUCCUUUCUGGCCUGCGGAGGUACUGGGAAAUCGUUCAGAAUUCCAGUGAAGACCCUGAACUCAGAGCUCGUUUUGAGGGGCGUCUUGUUCGGGCCUUUGACCUCCUUCAGGAUCCCUUCUUCAACUCGUAUGCUGACCUCCUUAGUACAGAUCUUCGUGUCCUCCUCUGCACCCUCCAUUACCAGGCAGUCAAGCUGGCCACUGUUGCAGCCCCGCAUGUGUUAAUUCCUCCCGCCGACCUUUCCCCAAAUUCAGGUGAAGGAAAGCGGGAAGAUGGACCGCUACCGGGGGAGAAGCAACAACUGCCUCUGGUGAUGCAGUGUCUGCGCAAGGCCAUCGAUGCUCUGGUCCCCGGUCUAAAUAUUUUCACCGAACAGUCGACGACGGAUAUGCGCUUGCUACGCAGCCUCACAAGUGAUCUCCUGCGUACUGCCAUUGAGUACUCUGCCAUUGGAAUGCGAACGUUCUUUCAACAGGAAGUAAGUCACUUCAUCUUUUUCGAUUUAUUGUCUGUGAGGUAA